AUGUCGCGAAGGGAUCACCAAGUGGGUCACAUUGUAUUGGCUCUCAUUGCUGUCAUCCUCUUCUUCACGGCGAUCGGCUACAGUGGAUGGGAUUGUAGAGGCAGCAUUUUGGGCAAGGCGUGUGUAAAAAACUCGGUUAACCUGACAGCUGGCGCCCUCCUCACUACAGCUGGUGUGGUUAUCUUUUUUGCCGUCAUCUUCCUCAUUCUUAAAGUGGCAAAAGGAAAGGACUGGAUGGACAUCCUAGCCAUUGUGCUAACCGUGAUUGCCGCGAUUUUAGCGAUGGCUGGAGUGUUUUACUACUUAAAUAGCAAACAAAUGUGGUCUCCAUUCAUCGCUACCAUUGCGAUGUCUCUCAAUGUGGCUCUUGCCGCCAUUCUCACUUUCGAUCAUUGCACCAUCAAUGUGCACAAAGCCUAA